AUUAUUUUGAAUAUGAUUUUAUGUUUAAGGUGAGGUCAUACAUUUUGUGUUCUAUCUUUUAUCUAUGAUUCAUUUUUUUAAACUGAUGUUGCAAUUAAUUGUUAUGAGCAGUUUAUCAUAUUAUUGAAAGCGGUUGCUGUUUUACAGGGAGAAAAUAAUGACGACUCCAAGGAAACAGAUAAAGAGAGAGGCUCGAAGAGAAGAGAAGGNUGAAAAAGCAGCUUUGUUGGAAAAGUCUAUUGAAAAAGAGCUAUUGGAGCGCCUUCAAAAAGGUGUUUAUCAACAAAGUGAUAUAUAUAAUUAUCCUUUUGAAGAGUACAAUAAAGUUCUUGAUAUGGAGAAUCUUCAACCUGUUGAGGAAGAGGAUGAAGAGGAGCUAGAGGUAGAAUAUGUAGAAGGAUAUGAUGAACUUGAAGAGGAAGAAGAUAUGGAGGAUUUUGGUGGUUUUGCGACUCACAAGUCACAGGCUGGAAGCUCUGAUGAAGAGGAUGAUGAAGAGGAAGAUGAUGAAGCAAUUGAUCUGAGUAGAGCAAAAAGGAAAAUGAUUUUAGCUUCAAAGAAACUUGAGAAGAAUGGCCUUGAUUCUAAAUCAAAGAAGACAAGGGUCCUUGUUGAGGUUGAGCAAGAGGAUGGUGUUGAAAGACAGAGGGUGGUACAGUAGUUGCAUUUGCCUUUUU